AUGGACAUGAGCUCAAUGACCGGUAUGGACAUGGGAACCACCUCCACUACCAUGUCCGGCAUGUCAAUGGCUACCUCCACCGCGUCGUCCACAAUGGACAUGUCUAUGGGCACCUCUACCUCCAUGUCCAUGCCCAUGUCCACCUCAUCCUCUUCUUCUUCUAUGUCUAUGUCAAUGUCAAUGGUCUUCAUGAACGCCCACGAUACCCCCCUCUUCUCCAACCAAUGGACCCCGUCCUCCAGCGGCACCUACGCCGGCACCUGCAUCUUCCUCAUCGUCCUCGCCAUCAUCUCCCGCUGUCUGGCCGCCUUCAAAGCCCUCCUGGAACGCCGCUGGCUCGACGCUCACGUCAACCGUCGCUACAUCGCCGUCGCAGGGAAAUCCACCGAAGCAGGUCGCAUUGACGCUGAUCCCGAAUCCAAAGAAGCCAGUCUCAUCACGGCCCAAGGUGUCGAGGAGAAAGUCAAAGUCAUCCACAAAGCAGCCCGCGAACCUCUCCCUUGGCGAUUCAGCACAGAUCUCCCUCGCGCGCUGCUCUUUCUGGUCAUCACCGGUGUUUCUUACCUACUGAUGUUGGCCGUCAUGACCAUGAACAUCGGAUACUUCUGCUCCGUCCUAGCCGGUGCCUUCCUGGGCGAGCUUGCCGUGGGACGCUUCAUCCAGUGGAACGAGCAUGAACAUUAG